AUUACGAACAGCCAGAAAGUCUCCAAACUCUCUCUAUCAUCAUCAUCUGGAUUACAAAUUCUCAUAAUCUCACCAACAAAUCCUUCUCCAAUCAAAUCCGGUACGAUCUCAAUCCAAUCCACUUGUCAAUUUCACCACCACUACCAGAUCUCUAACCUUCCAUGACUUUCAGAACAAACCACAAACCCUAAAACCUAACAACAGCAAUGUCAUACAACGACAACAUCCCCGUGAUAGACUCGCCAACAAGCUCCAGAUCAGUAACCGAGACCGUAAACGGCUCACACCAGUUCGUAAUUCAAGGUUAUUCGUUAGCCAAAGGUAUGGGGAUCGGAAAACACAUCGCCAGUGAUAAUUUUACGGUUGGAGGUUACCAAUGGGCUGUCUAUUUCUAUCCUGAUGGGAAGAAUCAGGAGGAUAAUUCGACUUAUGUUUCGCUUUUCAUUGCGCUUACUAGUGAGGGUUCGGAUGUUAGGGCUUUGUUUGAGCUCACUUUGGUUGAUCAGAGUGGGAAGGAGAAGCAUAAGGUGCAUAGUCAUUUCGAUCGGGCGUUGGAGAGCGGUCCGUAUACGUUGAAGUAUAGAGGCAGUAUGUGGGGUUACAAGCGUUUUUAUAGGCGAGCAUUACUUGAAACAUCGGAUUAUCUCAAGGAUGACUGCUUAAAAAUCAAUUGCACUGUUGGAGUGGUGGUUUCUGCAACGCAUUGUCCUAGGUUACAUUCUAUUCAGGUCCCAGAAUCUGAUAUUGGAUUAAAUUUUGGCAUGUUGCUUGAAAAUAUGGAAGGUUCAGAUGUUAUCUUCAACGUUGCUGGUGAAAUAUUUCACGCCCAUAAGUUGGUAUUGGCCGCUAGAUCCCCUGUUUUUCGGACUAAUUUUUUUCGGGAAGAGGGAGAUGAUCAUGAGAUUGUCAUCACUGAUAUGGAACCUAGGGUUUUCAAGGCAAUGCUGCACUUCAUAUACAGAGAUGAACUUGAUGAAGAUGAGUUGGCGGCUUCUAGUGCGUCUAGUGAAUCCCAUGUGGGGGAUACGUUAUCAGCCAAGUUGUUAGCUGCUGCUGAUGAGUAUGAUUUGUGUAGACUCAAACGAAUGUGUGAGUCGCGUAUCUGCAAGGAUAUAUCUGUAAAUUCUGUUGGCCGAAUUCUAGCAUUUGCAGAUACUUAUCAUGCUAUGGAACUCAAAGCUAUUUGCCUCCGAUUUGCUUCCGAAAACCUUGCAGGUGUUAUGCGAUCAGAUGGGUUUGAGUAUCUGAAAGCAAACCAUCCGGCAUUGCAAUCGGAGAUUCUGAAGACGGUGGCUGGUUGUGAAGAAGGCUAUAGCAGUGGUGGUGGUGGCGGUGGUAAAACAAUGAGUGUUUGUGCUCAGCUGUCAGACGGCGGAGAUUCAAAUAGCAGGAGGGUGAGAUGGGUAAGGUUUCUCAUGUAGUGAUUAGCUUAGAUGCCCACAAGUAAGCUGGAAACGUCGUUGUUGUGACAUAAGUUUGUGAUUUGUUUGAUGGCAUUCAAAUCAAAAGUAAGCUCGAUUGCUCGAAACAUGUGGAUUCAAGAAUUCAGUUAUUAUAGGUAACAUUAUUAUACAUUUCUUUAA